UCACCACAGAGACCUAAAGGAAGGCCCGUUGUUCGCGCCCGUGGGUGACCACCGGCGAUUUUAACUUUUGAUUGGAAGUGUGUGUGGGCAACACUUUAAGGUUCUAGCUCUAUGAAUCGAAGGGCUGUGGCUUCAUGCCCUCAGUACGUGGGUCCGCUCGUUCCCCUUUUGGGCAUGCGCAUUGGCGGCAGCGGCUCGUCAUGGCGGCGGCGGCUGCCGCUGUUUUACCUUCGGUGCCGCUGGAGCAUGAGACUCAGGUGUUCCUGGACCUUUUCCACGAGGACGGGCUGGUCAUUUGCGCCCGCGGACUGGGCAUUGACCGCCUCCUCCUGCGCUUCCUCCGCCUCUACUGCGAGCCGGACAGGCUGGUACUGGUGCUGAACACCAGCCCUGCGGAGGAGGAGUUUUUUAUCGAACAGUUGAGGACUGAUAACGUUGCUCAUCUUCCUCGACGGGUUACGACUGAAAUCGCAAGCAACAGCCGCUAUGAAGUUUACACCCAAGGGGGUAUCAUUUUUGCAACCAGUCGGAUUCUGGUGGUGGAUUUCCUGACUGACCGAAUUCCUUCAGAUCUCAUCACUGGUAUUUUGGUGUACAAAGCCCACAGAAUCAUUGAGUCUUGCCAGGAAGCUUUUAUCUUGCGACUCUAUCGCCAGAAGAACAAGCAGGGUUUCAUCAAAGCCUUCACAGACAAUGCUGUGGCCUUCAACACUGGUUUUUGUCAGGUGGAGAGAGUGAUGAGAAAUCUCUUUGUGAGAAAGCUUUACCUCUGGCCAAGGUUUCACAUUGCGGUGCAUUCCUUUUUGGAGCAACACAAGCCCGAAGUGGUUGAAAUGCAUGUCACCAUGACCCCAGCCAUGCGCGCCAUCCAGAGUUCGAUCCUGGACAUCCUGAAUGCGUGUCUGAGAGAAUUAAAGCAUUGCAACCCUGCUCUGGAGGCGGAGGAUCUGUCACUCGAAAACUCUAUCGGAAAAGCUUUUGACAAGACAAUUCGUCACUAUUUAGAUCCUCUUUGGCACCAGCUUGGAGCUAAAACCAAAUCUUUGGUCCAAGAUCUGAAGAUUCUCCGUACUUUGCUCCAGUACCUGACCCAGUAUGACUGCAUCACUUUCCUUAACCUUUUGGAGUCCUUAAGAGCGUCAGAAAAAGCCUUUGGUCAGAAUUCAGGUUGGCUUUUUCUUGAUUCUAGUACAUCUAUGUUUCUAAAUGCUCGGGCCAGAGUUUAUCGCCUCCCAGAUGACAAAGCAAAUAAAAAAAGAAAAGUCGCCGAAAAAGCAGAUGUCAAGGAAGAAAAAGACCAGAAAAGGGAGUUGAUCCUGGAAAGCAACCCAAAGUGGGAAGCUCUUGGAGAAGUGCUGAAGGAGAUUGAAAGGGAGAAUGCAAACAGUGAUGCUCUGGGUGGGCCAGGCCGAGUGCUCAUCUGUGCGAGCGACGACCGCACCUGUGCUCAGCUCAAGGAGUACAUCACGGUUGGGGCAGAAGCUUUUUUAACGAGGCUUUAUAACAAAACCUUUGGGAAGGACAAGAACGCUGGCGAAGCCUGCCGGAAAGAUGGACAGGGAGCCAAAGGCAGGGGCAAUGGUGCCAAAGAACCCUGGGCCAAAAAAGCCAAAAUGGAACCCUCCAAACCAAAGAAGAAGCAGAAGAAGAAGAAGCCAGAGCUGACCCUGACGCAAAUGUUGAAGAAAGAGGAGCAGGAAAACCUGGGGGAGCAAGAAGGCGAUGAGGAGUUAAGCAGCAGCCAAGAGAGUGUUGGAGAAGCCAACCCUGAAGACCUCCACCUGAGCCUGUCCUCCUCGGAGGCCUAUUAUGGGAUCUUAAAGGAACCACUCACUGUGAUCCAUCCGCUCAAUGGCUGUGGGGACCCUUAUGCCCUCACUCGCAUCCUGCACGAAGUAGCGCCGAGAUACGUUGCGCUGUAUGAUGCGGAGCUGACCUUCGUUCGCCAGCUAGAAAUUUAUAAAGCAAGCAGGCCGGGGAGGCCUCUGAGGGUUUAUUUCCUUAUCUACGGAGGUUCAACAGAAGAACAACGCUACCUUACCGCGUUACGAAAAGAAAAGGAAGCCUUUGAAAAACUCAUUCGAGAGAAGGCCGGAAUGGUGAUCCCCGAAGAAAGAGAAGGAAGAGAUGAAACCAACUUGGAUCUAGUAAGAGAUGCGACCCCAGCGACUGCUUCUGUUGAUACACGUAAAGCAGGUGGCCAGGAAGAGCAAGGUGUGCAGCAAAGCAUCGUUGUGGACAUGCGUGAAUUUCGUAGUGAACUUCCAUCAUUGAUCCAUCGACGCGGCAUCGACAUCGAACCUGUGACCUUGGAAAUUGGUGAUUACAUUCUCACACCUGACAUUUGCGUGGAGCGGAAGAGCAUCAGCGACCUCAUUGGCUCCCUGAAUAACGGAAGGCUUUACACGCAGUGCGUCUCCAUGUCUCGUUACUAUAAGCGCCCCGUCCUCCUCAUCGAGUUUGACCCCAGCAAAUCCUUCUCUCUCAUUCCCCGGGCGUCUCUCCAUCAAGAGAUCUCUAGCAAUGACGUUAUUUCCAAGCUCGUCCUUCUCACUCUUCAUUUCCCCCGGCUUCGGCUCCUGUGGUGCCCCUCUCCUUAUGCGACGGCUGAGUUAUUUGAGGAAUUGAAACGGAAGCGACCCCAGCCUGAUGCGGCAACAGCCAUGGCGAUCACGGCAGACUCGGAAAGCCUCCCUGAAUCGGACAGAUACAACCCGGGUCCCCAAGACUUCUUGCUAAAAAUGCCCGGCGUGAAUGCCAAAAACUGCCAGGCCAUAAUGAAUCAUGUUCAGAGCAUCGCAGAACUUGUAACCUUUUCUCAGGACAGGUUGGCAGAACUUUUAGGUAAUGCUGCCAGUGCCAAGCAGCUUUAUGAAUUCAUUCAUUUGCCCUUUGCAGAAGCUGUUUCUCAAGGGAAAACCAAGAGGUGAUAAAUCGUGUAAGGCCUUUGAGAGGGAUCAUGUUGGGGAGACGUGAUGAUUUGCUAUCAUGGCUUAGGGCUGAUCUGCACAUUCAGAAAAGUUGUGUGCUCUUGGAACUAGACCAAUUCAGAAUGUGGGUGAAGGUGUUCAACAAGUUUGAAUGCUCUCCUAUAUCCAAGUGUAGAAAGCUAACACAUUGAGAAGGGUAGCUUUCUCCUUGACACACUAGCUUUCUACCCUCGGGAAUGUUGUUUUAAUGAGGGGGAAUACUUCAAACCUGCAGUCUCCCUUUGCCGUAUCCUUUUUCUGAAUAUGAUUAUUAGCUCCAAAUUCUGUCUUGGAAAGCUUUAUGGGGUACAUGUUACCCUAGAAGCUUUUAAAUGAAGUGUCUUAUGUGUUAAUGAAUAAAAAUAGGUAAAAAGUGCUAGCAAUCAGUUCUGUGCAAUGGUGGAGUGACACAAAGCUUCAGAUUGGAGGACCAUGGGCCACAUUUUAUCGCCCUUUAUAAAGGACUGUAUUUUGGGAUUAAUGUGAGCAUGACUGAGUUGAUGAUAUUCUGUAGACAUAAAUGUGUAGGGCAGGGGCCCUCAAUCUUUUUGGACCAGUGGGCAUAUUUUGAAUAUUCAGAAAGUGCUGUGGGCACCAGUCACAAAAUCGCUGCCAUGGGAGAGCAUGGUAGAACACCACAUGACUAUUGUGGGCAGGGCCAGAUAUACGUACAAGCUAAACAAGCUACAGCUUAGGGCCUCACAUUAUGAGGUGCAUUGCGUUAGAAAGAAAGAAAAAAAGUUUACAACAUUGCCACCGGGAAACCAUAAACAUCAUACAAAAUGAAGAUAAUAUUUGGUAGGUAUUGAAUAUCAUUGUUGCGGCUCGCUUGCCGACAACAGUAAACAAUUCUAUAGAACAUCGUACACAUGCGGCCUUUUGGAUUCUUGGAGAAAACAGCCCACAUGUUGCCGUCGUCGUCGACUGCGCUAACCCUAUAAGUAAUGCACAUACUUGUUGAAGAGGGAAGGGCCUCACUCAUGUUAUGGCUCAGGGCCACAACAAGUUUAAAUCCGGCCCUGAUUGUGGGGGUGUGGCACAACAAAAUUAGAGAGAGUACAGCCAUUGCUGCUUCCCCUCCUAUUCCCCCCGCCCCCAGACAGCCUUGGGCUUACCAUGCCAAGCCAGCUAUGUCCUGCUGGCCCUUAUUGUGGCGAUCACACAAUAUUGAUUUCGCCCAGAGACACACACUGAUGCUGUUGGUGUCUCAUAACAACAGGGACCAGGAAAAAUAUACAAGGUGGCCACACCAUACUCACUGUCCCGCUCACAGUCCCUCUAGCCGUGGAGAGCCUCUGCCAGUCAGUGUAGAUAAUACUGAGCUAGAUGGACCCAACGGUCUGCUUCGGUACAAGUCCGCUUCCUAUGUUCCUAUACAGACCACAGACCAAGCAUCUUUCACUCCCUCCCUCGUACACACACUUCAGAAGUACAUCUCCCUCUCUUUCUUCUGAGUGCCAUCUCUCCACUUCUAAUAUAUAUGGGCAUCUGCAGGAACUUCCCCCCACCCUGGAAGUCAAACACUGAAAAGAUGGAGCAAGCUAAUUUCUCAUAAACAAUGAGAAGAAUGGUGUUUGUAUCUUUUGUCUCAUAUCUCAGAUUCUAAAAAUGCUAGAAUCUUAACUUUUUUUUUUUUAAUGAACACUGAGAAUCUGGGGAUUAUGAGUCAUCCUAGAGGCACCAAAGAAGGCCUUCACAGGAGCCAGGUUGGCAACCCCUGGUGUAGAGUUUAUUAAGGCCUGCUCAAACAUAGCCACAUCCACUGAAAGCUGUGGUAGUGGGUUUCAUUUCCAGAGCUCACCAUCCACAUCAUACAGUUCAAGCACAUUUAUACUACUUUAAAAAUCACGGCUCCCCUUCCCCUAAGAAUUCUGGGAACUGGUUUGUUAAGGGUACUAGGAACUGUAGCUUUGAGAAGAGUAAACUACAAUUACCAGAAUUUUUUGGGGGGUGGGGGGAGUCGUGUGUUAAAUGUGCUUUCAGUGUAUGGUAUGGAUGUGUGCGUGAGAGAGAGUUUGGGGAGGAUGCCUGCACUCAAGGAUAGCACUAUGCAGUUAAGGUCAUGAACAAUUUCCAAUCUUAAGGCCUGGGCAGGUUUAAAGGGGUGCACUGUUUUUAUAUAGAGCCUCUCUGGGAAAUGAUCAUGCUUGCCAUUUAGUAUUUUGAUUGGGACAAAAUAGAAGGGUCUUCUCCAUACUGCACCCCUGGAAGACUGCAGAGAUAUAGUGUGGGGCUUCUUUGAGUAUUGUCUUUAGUUUUAGCCUGCAAUCCAGCCUGCAAAAUUGCCUGUGAGGAAGUCAUUAAAUGUUUUAUUCUGGGACCCAUUGAACCAGACUAUUACAAGAUGAAGGGAAGACCGCACCUUGUCAAAACAUUUAAAUUCUCCAUGAAAUAUUUUGGCUUUAGUGGAAAUUGAGCAAAAGUGUAAACUUGGGAGUCGAAAGCUAUCCUGCUGGGGCUAGGAUGUGUUAUUACUAGGAGAAUAUUUCUGUGGGCUUUUAAUACUAUGUUGAAAUAACCCAGACUCUCGACAAUUCUGAGUAGCUUGCUAUGUAUUGUUAUAUAUUUGCAGAGUUCCCCUUUCCAGAGCUUGUGUCAUAAUAAAAU